GAGUCAGUAAUGAAGUCACAAGCAGCAAGAUUAGACAACAACCAGUCGAUCUCAGCUACGGAGCAGAAGUACGCAGCAGAUAUCCGCAGCGUGGCGUCCAGCAACGACAAGAUGAAGGAACUUAAUGCUGACCUGGAUACUGUUCUGGACCGCCUCCAGCAAAUACUCACUAACAACUUCGCUAUGGACGACUCUUGCUUCGACAACACAGCGCUACGUGAGACAGCCACUGAGAUGGAAGGCCUUCUGGGUACAUUAAUACGCGGCGUGGAGCAACGAGCCACGCUCAACGCCACCAAGGGACUCGUGUAGAAAAGAACUAAGAGGUACCUGUGUAAACGCCACGUUAUCACGAAGUGUGCUUACCAUGGGGCGUAGUGUGAGUUUACGUAAACGUCGUCACUAGUGAGCGCGAAAAAAAUUACAUUAAAUGUAUGACAAAUUGUACAGUGCCCUUAGCUGGAUACUUUUAAGAACUAACUAAACUAACUCCAGGACACUUACUAGUGACGACGUUUGAUGUAAAUACACACUAAGCCCUCAGGGGGCGUAGUGUGAGUUACGUCAAAUGCAUUCGAUAUCUACUGCGUUAAAAAAUAUAUGAAGUUUUUAGUUCUUAUAAGUUUCCGCUAGGGGCGCUGUA